GACUGUGGUAAUUGCAGCCGCUCGGGGGCAGGGCUUGCCCCAGCGCAGAGUAGUGGCAACGGCUUGCCGAGUCUGGGGUGCCUGGGAGCCGGGAGCCCUGGGGACGUGAAAUUGGCAGACCCACUCCCCCUCCAGGAAGAGGCGCUGCCGAAUCCACGCGGGGCAGCGAGACCGCCCCGAGGGGCUUCCUCAGUGAAGGAUAAGUGGGGUUCCAGGGCACAGGUGACAGGGCCGAAGAAAGAUGGAGCAGUCCGGGGCGGCGGCGGCGUCGGGCGCGGGAGGCAGCGGCGAGGAACCCGGUGGGGGCCGAAGCAACAAGCGGAGCGCGGGGAACCGGGCCGCCAACGAAGAGGAAACGAAAAACAAACCUAAAUUGAACAUUCAAAUAAAAACUUUGGCAGAUGAUGUGCGUGACCGAAUUACAAGUUUCAGAAAAUCUACUGUAAAAAAGGAAAAACUUCUUAUACAACAUCCUCUUGAUUCUCAAGUUGGGAUGAAUGAGUUUCCAGCUGCUCAGCCAUUAUAUGAUGAACGAUCUUUGAAUUUGUCUGAAAAGGAAGUACUGGAUUUAUUUGAAAAAAUGAUGGAGGACAUGAAUCUUAAUGAAGAGCGAAAAGCUCCUUUACGAAACAAAGAUUUUACCACCAAGCGUGAGAUGGUUGUCCAGUAUAUUUCUGCUACUGCCAAAUCUAUAGUUGGAAGUAAAGUUACGGUGAGUACCAAAGAUGCGUUUUACCCUUAG